AUGCCAAACCCCGCUGCUCUAACAUACGGCCCCAUCUUUGUGGGAGUCGUUUUCAACAUCCUCCUCUAUGGUAUCAUGAUCACCCAGACAUUCCUAUACUUUACGGUCUAUAAGAAGGACCGCACCUGGAUGAAGAUCUUCGUCGCGCUUCUCUUCAUAUGCGACACCGUAAAUUGUGCCUUCGACAUCAGCUUCCUUUACAUCCCGCUCGUCAACAACUUCGGCAAUCCAUCAUCGUUGAUGUAUGCUACCUGGGUAUUUGCCACUGACCCGGUUAUGACGGCGUUGAUUGGGGCCUUGACGCAAUGUUUCUUCGCGUGGCGGGUGAACGUGCUUACGCACAGCAUCCCUGCCGUCAUAUUCAUCUCAUUCUGCGCACUCUGCCAGCUCUGUGGUGGUCUGGGCACAUCCAUCGCGGUGGGCAUGAUCCCGGAGUUCGUUCACUUCCAGAAAUUCGAGAUCAUUGUGAUCGUCUGGCUCGCUUUCUCCGCUGUCGCCGACUGUGCAAUCACUGUCGCUCUGGUCUGGCACUUGCGGAAGCACAAGACCGGCUUCGUGGCGACCGACGACAUCGUGAACCGCAUCAUCCGCUUGACCGUUCAGACCGGUCUGAUUACUGCCUUGUGCGCUGUCAUCGAUCUCGUCCUCUUCCUAGCUUCUCCUUCCGGACUUCACCUCGUCUUCAACCUUCCCCUCUCCAAACUCUACACCAACUCCCUGAUGUCCAGCCUCAACUCGCGCGCAGGCUGGAGGUUCGGCGGCUCUGGAAACGGCGAGACUACCGACGACGACAUGACCAGAAACGAAGGCAAGAGGAACACGCAUCUCCGAGCAGAAGGCACUGGCCGCCGGGUGAGCAUGAUGACCCCGAAUCAAGUAUACAUCGACGUCGAGUCCCACGAGAUGAUCGACGUCAUCGACACGAAGACUCUCCCGUCCGACCGGAUGGACUCCAUGCCGAGGAGGCACUACUCGGAGAAGGGUGGAAAGCUCAGCUGGUACGUCUUGCCCGAGUCUCGGCUGAAAAACCCGGUGCACAAGGGCCAAGCAGCACACGUCGGGCUCACGGUCAUAAGCCCGUUCCCUCAAGUUUCACAGAAGGCAUGCACGCUCGGCGCUCCGCUAGACGCAAUCAGCGUUCCUGGCGGUGCUACACUCAUCAUCAUCACCACGACGCCCGAUUUUGCAAAUAAGUAUAGCGUUACAGCCGACCUCGACCAUUUGGAUGUCGUCGACACGUCCUCGUCGUGCUCUGCGACGUGCUCUGUGCGCGACUCAUCGUUUGGGAUCAUGUUCCGCUCCAUACUGCCAGUGUUCCUCUUGGGUCUUGUGAACGUCGCAGUCGCAACGCGUUUCGACCCGGUGAACGCAAGGCAAGUGCAGGACGGGAACCCUGCAGACGACCCGAACAGGACCCCCAGUCCGCGCAUAACGCGUCCCACCCAUUCCGAGACGUGGAACCCUCCGGAUCUGAAGACCGUGACAUGGGAUAAUACUGGGCUCAAUGUGACGGGUCUGAACGGAACCCUCUUGCUGGGCUACUUGGAGAAGAACACAACGCGGUUCGGACGAUCACGCUAUGAUGAACUAUGCACAGACCAACCCCUCGCGCAAGGCUUCGCGCUGUCGGACGGCAUCGUGAACGUCCUCGUGCCCGACGUGCCCAACUGGACGUCGUAUUUCCUGACGCUACUCGGAGACAUGAACAACACCAGCCCGCUCUUCGCGAUCAUCCGCGACGACAGCUUGUCGGUCGUCACCCCACCGCUCCGCUUGCCCGCGCAGACGGCGACGACGCAGUCCGCCACUCUGUCGGCGAGCGACAUCACGUCAAGUGCGGGCGCGACCUCUGCCAGUGUCACUAGUACACCGGGGUCAACUUCAACCGCGUCGGCUGCAACGCCGUCCGCAAGCAAUAAGCCCAACAGCGCUGUGGCGAGGACUUACGGAGCUGCGCUACGAUCCUUGACCGUCGCGGUCGUGCUGGCUGCAUGGGUCAUGUAG